AUGCCAUCUUCCAAAACAGACACCGCGAUGCGGUACCCCGCCAGCGACGACCAACAACGUCGCGCCUGGACGACCCAGGACAAGAAGGCGUCGGCCAAAGCCCAGAGCGAGCUCAGCUCUGGCAGGAACAAGGCCGAAGAUAGCUCGACUUGGUCUCCCGAACAGCUGUUGGCAUCCCAUAUGGAUGCCUCCGGUAACCCGGAGGCUGACCCAGCGACAUUUGGCGACGGAGCCAAGGCUAAGAUGAACAAGAGAGGCAGCAUGACGGACGAGGCUGAUUUGUUCGAGGCGAUGAAUGCGGAGACAGCGGACUUUGAUUAG